AACAAAGCGUGCAGUAACCGCUCCACUCACCUACACCAUUAUCCCCACACCUCAUAAUAAUAAUUCCUCAUUAUAUAUAUAUCUUUUUGUUCUACGAUUUUACCAUUUGUUCACCUCUUUCUACACAGAUAGAUAUAGGAUAUAUACAUAGAUCUAAUAAUAAUCUAACACACAAUUCAAUAAUCAAAAAAAUCAAAAUGUGUGUGGGGAAGAUAUGCAUGAUGUGCACGUGUUUGAUCAUCAUAGUCAUCGCUGUCGGCAUGGUUUUCGGUUUCGGCGUUUUCAACAAAGGCUUUCAUAAAAUUCAUAAUGAAUUGAAUUAUCAGCAUUCUCCGCCGCCGUCGCGUUACUCCGGCCGUCCGUUUAUCGCGCCUCCUCCGUUUUAAAGCCUCCGUAAUUCCUUCCUUUUUACCAUUACAUAUGUAAUGUAAUGCGUUUAUUUUAAGCUCUAGUGACUACGUAUUAGCUUUCAAAUUUUAUUCAUGUUUCUGUUUACUACUUUCUUUAUGUGAUACUCCUAUGUUUUUUUAUUUUAUUUUAAUAUUGAAUUUUUGAGAUGUUUA